AUGCUUUGGGCCCCAGCUUCCGGCCAGUGCGCGCGCGGCUACAUCAGAACAUCGCAGAAGUUCCGGAUAAACCCCUACUUUGCCUGUCGCGCGACAGCCAUCCUCCGUCGCCACUACGCUGAACAUGCCCCCACGAAGGCCACAGCGGACACCAAGACGUUAUCGCGACCCUCAGAGGCACGCUUCAAUGACAUUGGAGUCCAACAACUGAGCAGUAGCGUCCAUCCGCAGAUCUUCCCAGGCCGUUCUUUCGUACCGCGACCAGAGUUGGUGGACUUGUCUAAAGACCACCUGCGAAGGCACGACCUAUUGGGGAAGAACCAAGAUGAUACGCCACCGGUCGGCCUUGAAGCACCGCCUCUCCAAGGUGAUACACUAGACGAGCAUUUCCAACGACUGGGUCUGGAUGCCUCUGAACCAUUUCUCUCCCAAGCGAAGCAGUUCGUGCGGGCAAACCCUCCUCAGCGUCCACGAAAAUGGGUUCGACGAAGUGGCUGGACCAAGUACAACAGUGACAUGACGACCGAGGAGGUGGAUGCACCCAACGAGGAGAUGCUGUCAUUCGAUGUGGAAGUCAUGUGGAAGAACAACAGCUAUGCCGUUAUGGCCUGCGCAGCAAGUCCUACGGCAUGGUAUGCUUGGAUAUCACCGUGGCUGCUGGGAGAGACCGAAGAUUAUCGACAACUAAUCCCACUCGGCGAUCCCACGAAGCCGCGCAUAGUUGUUGGUCAUAAUAUCGGUUAUGAUCGGGCACGUGUAAAGGAAGAGUAUGACCUCCAGCAGUCGCGCAAUUUCUUCAUUGAUACCAUGUCAUUGCAUGUUGCGGUCAAUGGCAUGUGCUCACGACAGAGACCUACUUGGAUGAAGCACAAGAAGAACCGUGACCUACGUGACAAGAUGUCCAGUGACCACAAUUCAGUUGAGCUUCAGACGAUGCUGGAGAGCAAAAUGCUCAGCGAAGAAGAGGAAGAGCUUUGGGUCGGCCGAAGCUCUGUGAAUUCUCUACGAGAUGUGGCGAAGUUCCACUGCGGUGUAACCAUCGACAAAGCCCAGCGCGACUACUUCAGCGAACUCGACCGAGAUGUCAUCGCCGUCAGGUUGGAUGAACUCCUUGACUAUUGUGCUGCCGACGUGUCAAUCACUCAUCGAGUCUAUACUAAGGUCUUCCCCAAUUUUCUCGAGGUCUGCCCACAUCCUGUGAGCUUCGGCGCUCUGAGACACCUAUCCUCCGUCAUUCUACCAGUAAACGAAACUUGGCAGCAAUAUCUCGACAAUGCCGAUGCGACCUACAAUGAGCGUCUCAAGGCCGUUGAAGACCGUCUGUCUCAGCUAUGCGAUGAAGCGCUAAAGACCAAAGACAAACCAGAAGUGUAUAAUAAUGACCCAUGGCUGGCCCAGCUGGAUUGGGCCGGACAAGAAAUCAGAUACAAGAAGCAGAAGAAAAAGGGUGAUCCACUGGUGCCAGUCGCUAGACAGAAGAUGCCUGGGAUGCCCAACUGGUACCGGGAUCUGUUUCCCUCCAGUAAGGGUCCGUUGAACUUGACGGUCAGGACCCGUAUUGCUCCUCUCCUGCUGAAGCUAUCCUGGGAUGGAUAUCCCUUGACUUGGUCAGACAAGAAUGGCUGGACAUUUCAAGUUCCUCUCAAAGACGAGGCCAAGUACGAAAACAGCAAUAUGGUCAGGGCCGAUAUGUCAGAGGAAACGAAUUUGACACUAAAGGAAGAUUCUCGUCAUACCUACUUCAAACUACCACACAAGGACGGUCCAACAGCGCGUUGCGUCUCGCCACUUGCGAAAGGCUACCUUCAGUAUUUCGAGUCUGGAUCAUUGUCGUCGCGAUUCGAGCUGGCGAAACAAGCCUUGGAUAUGAAUGCCUCCUGUUCAUACUGGAUCUCGGCGCGGGACCGUAUCCGAUCGCAGAUGGUCAUAUAUGAGUCUGAUCUCGAUCAAACUCGAAAGCAAUCCAAGCAAGGCUUCAUACUGCCUCAGGUUAUCCCGAUGGGCACGAUUACACGUCGAGCCGUGGAGAACACCUGGCUCACUGCCUCCAACGCAAAGAAGAACCGGGUGGGAUCAGAGCUCAAGGCGAUGGUCAAGGCGCCUCCGGGUCACGUCUUCGUUGGCGCCGAUGUCGAUAGUGAAGAGCUAUGGAUUGCCUCGCUGGUCGGAGACGCUCAAUUCCAGCUUCAUGGCGGGAACGCCAUAGGCUUCAUGACUCUCGAAGGCACCAAAGCCGCUGGGACAGAUCUUCAUUCGAAGACUGCUAAGAUCCUUGGAAUCUCACGCAACGACGCCAAAGUCUUCAAUUACGGACGGAUCUAUGGUGCCGGCUUGAAGUUUGCCUCAAUGUUGCUCCGUCAAUUCAACCCAACUCUCACCGAGAAGCAAACGACGGAGAUUGCAGAAAAGCUCUAUAAGGAGACCAAAGGCACGCGCACUCGUCGCAAGGCUCUGGGUCCCGGCACCUUCUGGCGCGGCGGCACCGAGUCUUUCGUUUUCAACAAGCUCGAAGAGUUUGCUGAGCAGGAACGCCCACGCACGCCUGUUCUCGGUGCCGGCAUCACUGAGGCUCUUAUGCGUCGUUUCAUCAAUCAAGGUGGCUUCAUGACCUCACGCAUCAAUUGGGCGAUUCAGUCCUCUGGUGUCGACUACUUACAUCUUCUCAUCAUUUCCAUGGACUACCUAAUUCGGCGCUUCAAUCUCCAAGCCAGGUUGGCCAUCACUGUCCACGACGAAAUCCGCUAUCUUGUCAAAGACGCCGACAAAUACAAAGCCGCCAUGGCACUCCAGAUCGCCAACCUUUGGACUCGUGCCAUGUUCUCGCAGCAAAUGGGCAUCGAUGAUCUGCCGCAGAGCUGCGCCUUCUUUAGUGCCGUUGACAUCGACCACGUCCUUCGCAAAGAGGUCGACAUGAAUUGCGUGACCCCAAGCCACCCCACGCCCAUCCCCGUAGGCGAGUCGCUCGAUAUCUCGCAGCUCCUCGACAAGGGCGACGCCGCCAAGCUGGACGAAUCCAUCAUCCCCGCAUCGCCUAUUGACCUCAGUCAGUACGAAUACGUUCCCCGACAGCCCGUCAUGGAGUCCCUCAGCAGCUCAUCGCCUUCCGCCUCGUCCCUGGCCUACCUGCGCGCGCAAAUCACCGCAGACGACAAGGAACUCCGCGCCAUCGUCAAAGAGGCCGAGAGCGGUCCCGUAGGCUCCGGCGGCGGCACGGCGAGUGGAAGCGGCAAGCUUGUGUCAGCGCCGAAGCCACGCGGUCGAAGGCCCAAGCCCAAGGUGCCGCCGCCACCGUAUGCGCAGCCGCAGCAGGCGGUGCUCAUGGAGGUGGAGGAUCGCUGGAAUGCGGGUUUCAAGAGGGCGAUGGGCCAUGGAAAGGAGACGAGGCCCUGGUUGAUAAACGCUGGUGGCGGUGGCACCGGCGGUGGCGCGGCGAGUAAGGGGAGUUGGGGUAAGGGGUGGGCGAGAGAUGGGUGGGAGGUUUGA